AUGAAGAGAUGGAAAUUUAUCAUAUGUGUUGACAGGCAGGAUGUGGAAUCACCGCCGGACCCGGAUGGUAUAUUUGCCAAUGUCGUAUUUAUAUGCGAAGAGAACUUUACACCAUACCAUAUCGAUCGACAUAUAAACUGGGAUCAAGCUCGUAAUUUGUGUGCAAAGGAAGACUUGUACUACCCUCACUCACUUGUGCAGGAUAUUCUCUGGGCUACCCUACACAACAUCCUUGAGCCUAUUUUGAUGCAUUUUCCCGUCAAUAAGUUGAGAGAAAAGGCUCUUAGGAAUGUAAUGGAGCGUAUACACUAUGAAGAUGAGACUACUCGUUAUAUUUGCUUAGGUCCUGUAAACAAGGUGUUAAAUAUGCUGUGUUGUUGGGUUGAAGAUCCAAAUUCUGAGUCCUUCAAGUUGCAUCUUCCAAGGAUUCAUGAUUAUCUAUGGAUUGCUGAAGAUGGCCUCAAAAUGAAGGGAUACAAUGGAUGUCAACUAUGGGAUACUGCAUUCAUUGUCCAAGCAAUUAUUUCAACUAACCUAGCAGAGGAAUACGGUCCAACCCUAAGGAAAGCUCAUGCAUUCAUCAAGAAUUCGCAGAUUUUGGAAGACUGUCCAGGUGAUCCAAAUAAAUGGUUUCGUCAUAUUUCAAAAGGUGGUUGGCCUUUUUCCACUGCAGAUAAUGGAUGGAUAACUUCUGAUUGCACUGCUGAAGCACUAAAAGCUGUUCUCUUGCUGUCCAACAUAGCACCAGGGAUUGUUGGUGAGGCAUUGGAUGCAGAGCGAUUAUACGAUGCAGUAAAUAUCAUUCUCUCGUUACAGGUAGCUAUAGACUAA